AUAGACGCCAAGUUUGACAUUACAUUACGUCCGAUGUUUGGUUUUUGGUUUGAUGGUCACAUUUGUAUUUAAAAUAGUUAAUAUUUAUACUGUAAAACAGAACACAUAAUUUAGUAAGAUCAAAAUGGUUGCACGCAUAGCAGGAGUAUUUGAUGAAAAGUUAACGGAAGCAAUAGCAAAUUCUAAGAUACUAGUUGUAGGCGCCGGUGGUAUAGGUUGUGAAAUUUUGAAGAAUCUCGUUUUGACCGGCUUUCCACAGAUUGAGAUUAUCGACCUUGACACCAUCGACGUAAGCAACCUAAAUCGACAAUUUUUAUUCCAUAAAGAGCAUGUUGGGAAGUCGAAGGCACAAGUGGCUAAAGAUAGUGCUCUAAGUUUUAACCCCAAUGUGAAUAUCGUUGCACAUCAUGACAGUGUUAUUAGUAAUGACUACGGUGUGAGCUACUUUAAACAUUUCAACAUUGUGAUGAAUGCUCUCGACAAUCGGGUGGCUCGUAAUCAUGUGAAUAGAAUGUGCCUCGCUGCCAAUGUGCCUCUCAUUGAAACGGGAACAGCUGGAUAUGCAGGACAGGUGGAGCUAAUUAAAAAAGGUCUGACACAAUGCUAUGAAUGCCAACCUAAAGCACCGCAGAAAACAUUCCCUGGUUGCACAAUCCGUAACACACCUUCAGAACCAAUACAUUGCAUAGUAUGGGCCAAACAUCUGUUCAAUCAGUUAUUUGGUGAAGAAGACCCGGAUCAAGAUGUCAGUCCGGACACAGAGGAUCCGGAAGCAGCUGGAACAGCUGGCAAAACCGCAUUAUCGUCACAGCAAACUGAAUCUGGCAAUAUUGAGAGGAAAAGCACACGAACAUGGGCAGCGGAAACUAAUUACAACCCAGAAAAGUUAUUUACGAAGUUGUUCGGUGAUGAUAUCAAGUAUUUGCUUUCAAUGGAGAACCUGUGGAAAAAACGCAGGCCACCUACACCUCUGUCAUGGGAUAAUUUGCCAGGAAAAGGUGAUGCACCAAAACAACAUUCUGGAUUACCUGACCAGAGAGUGUGGUCCGUAAAUGAAUGUGCUGAGGUGUUUGCUGCAAGUUGCCAAGCUUUGCAAACAGAACUUAAGGGACGUCCGGAAGGUGAUCAUCUUGUGUGGGACAAGGAUGACAAAAGUGCGAUGGACUUCGUCACCGCGUGCGCUAACAUACGAGCAUACAUCUUUAGUAUACCUCUCAAGUCACGGUUUGAAGUUAAAUCAAUGGCAGGUAACAUUAUUCCUGCUAUAGCGACUGCCAACGCCAUAGUCGCAGGACUUGCUGUGUUACGCGCACAAGGAAUACUCAAAGGCGAGAUUGAAUCCUGCACUAGUGUUUAUCUCAGACCAAAGGUCAACCACAGAGGUCAACUAUUUGUGCCAGAAAGAACUUUAACAGCACCAAAUCCGAAAUGUUAUGUCUGCGCGCCUAAACCGGAAGUCGCUCUCGUCUGUAACUUAAAACAUUUAACACUCAAAGACCUGACAGCCGCUUUCAAGGAUGGUUUGAACAUGCAAGCGCCCGAUGCGACCGUCGAGGGCAAAGGCCUAGUGGUCCUCUCAUCAGAACCCGGAGAGACUGAUCAUAAUAAUCAAAAGACUCUCGAAGAAAUUGGUCUAAAUGAUGGUUGCGCUUUACUUGUUGAUGAUUUCCUUCAGAAUUACGAAGUGAGAGUCCGACUUCAGCAAGAGGAUGAGGAGAAUUCGUGGCGUUUGGUGACUGAUACGGAUGCUCCAAUGCCAGGGCCCAAGGAAGAGGAACCGGCUAAUGGUUCGAACGGUGCUGAGGAACCGAAACCAGGUCCGUCCCGCACCCAUCAUGACAGCGAUAGUGACAUGGAAAUCAUUGAUGAAGAUGACAAUGGUGAACCAAUGGAAAAACCACCGAAGCGUAGACGCAAAGAGAUGUCCGACGAAAUCGUUGAAAUAUGUUAGUCGUUAAUGCACAUUUUUGUAGAUGAUUGAAUAAGAACGAUUUAAUACAAUGUUUCAAUAAAAAAUAUACUUUUAUAUGUAAGUGAAAUCUCCUAAAGAAACUCUGGUGUUUUAAUUGUCAAAAACUUAUUUAAAUAAGUGUUUUUGAAAACUUUUCAGUGUUAAUUAAAUAAACGAUAAAAUAUAAAAAGAUGAAGAAUUUGUAUGAUAGCUCUCGUUAAAAUCAAUUGCUUUAAAUUGAUUAUAUAAUUAGGUUGUCUGUACAAUUCUAAAAAUGCUGUAUGUUUUUACUAUAUGACCAGUCUUUCAGAUGGUCAAUAUAUACUAUUCACAAGACACCUAUUUCUAUAAUUCAGUAAAGGAAUAAAAGCAACAUUUCUGACUAUGUUGUCUGCUUGAAAAAUAGGAAUAGGAAGAAGUCCAGUAACCAGUAUGCAGGAAACUGAGAAAACUUUGUACUCCUACUAAACCUAAAUCUAGGUAAAUUUCCUGCACUAAUACUUAGAUUUAUUCUAAAGUUAAUUUUAAGUUAUAAAUGUACACUUUAGCAGAUAAAUGUUUUCCAACAAUAUUAUUGGAUAAAGUAAAUUAUAGCUUUUGUAACCAUAGUCUACUAAAGAACAGAUUUUUUACUGGUAUAAAACAUUUGUAUGUUUGUCUCAUUAAUAAAUUUUCAAGAAAGCAA